CACAUCAGUCAACAGUGUCUUUAUUUUUACAUGUUUUUAUAAAUUCUCGUUAUUCUGUCUGCUUGAGAAUUGUAAAAGAAUAUUUUUAAAUUAUCCACAUGUUUACAGUUAAAAUAAAUAUUCCCAAUUCAAAACACCUGUGUCAACUUCUGCCCACGUAGAUUUUUACAAAGUGAUAAAAUUAAUAACCCAGGUAUAUUAAGUUCAAAAAUGUCUAAAAUUAAGAAACUGACGGGCUCAUUCCGCUAUACGCAAUGGGAUCCGUGCUUGAUAGUUUCUCAAAUAGUGGCAAUGCAGUCCCUUUUAUAUCUAUCACUGUGCAUUAUCAUUGCUAUAAUGCAAGAUUUAACUGCUUCAACUAGGACUUUGGAUCAUAUAUUCGAAUAUCACGAAAUUCAAGUACGAGACAAUGAAGGACGAUCAGUCAUAGUGGCAUUUGUACUGAAUGCAAUUUUAGGAGCUUUUGCUCUGUGGACAAUAGUCGGACGAACUAAGCUGUGCUUAGACUUUAGUUGCACCUUCUAUGGAAUUCACUUAAUCAUGUGUUGGAUAUACAAUGGUAUGUUUCCCACAACAUUUUCUUGGUGGGUACUAAAUGUGGCAUGUGCGUCUAUCAUGUGUGUCGCAGGCGAAUUCUUGUGCCUACGGACUGAAUUGCAAGCGAUACCAUUGAGUAAUAUAGGAGCCAAAGUGGACUUAUGAAAAUUGCCAAACUCAAGACUGUAUAGUUAUUUAAAGUUGCUAAUCUUCGGUGUAGUGUUUGAGGAUUGUUUGAGAACUAAAGUUGUCAUAAUUAUAUACAGUAAAACCCAAUUAGUAUGAUCUGCC